AUGUUGAAAAAAAUAGGUAUAUUUCCUUUAAUUGAGAAAAUCUAUAACAGUAAUUGCAAAUUUAAUUUUGCUUCUUUACAAUUAUUAAAUAUAAAUGUUGAUACAAGUAAUAUUUUAAACUAUAAAACGCCUUUAAAUAUAAAUGAAGGGAAUAUAAAAAGUAUUCUAAAUAAUAAAAGUUGUUUUAUUCCUUUGACGAAUUGCAUUAUAUAUGACAAAAAAAUUGUAAGUAGUGAAAUAAAAAAUAAAAAUAAUAUUAAAAGAAAUAGUAGUGUAAUAAUAAAAUUAAACACUACUUGUAAUUUAGUUAAUAAAGAAAAUUCAAAAGUCUUGUCAUUUAGUUGGUUAAAAAAUGUUAGAAAAAAACAAUAUUACAAUAUCAUUGGUAAAAUAGGUAUAAAAAAAAGAAAUGCUGGGAUGUAUUGGAGUUUUUACGUUAAUAAGAGAAAAAAAAUAAGAAAGAAAAGAAGAACUAUAUAA